AUUUCUGGGGCCAAUUCACGGUUGAAGUCAGGAUGGUCCGUACGGACUGCAACCGCUCGUUCGCCAACCAAUUCCAAAGGGAAUAAUGGCAUUACCGAAGCCGAACAGGAGCAUAUUAGGCAGGUUCUUGCAAAAGCUGAAGCAAGUCGGCUCAAGGAACAGCAACGAUUAGGUAAGAUGGUCGAUCGACUUGAGAAAAUGCGACGACGAGCAACCGGUAACGGUGUCACCCACUGCCUACUGUGCCAUACAGAAUUCGGCUUGCUGGCUUCAAAAAGCUAUGCGGCUAUGUGUGUCGACUGUAGAAAGUAUGUGUGCCAACGAAAUUGUGGUGUCGAAACGCUGGAUACACAACGUGGAGAGGUCAUCUUCCUGUGCAAAAUCUGUUCGGAAGCACGAGAGGUGUUGUGGAAAAAAUCAGGAGCAUGGUUCUACAAGGAAGUGCCUGAGUUUGUGCGUCCUGAAGCGAACGGUAUCGUCCCGAACGCCGCGAACCUAGCCGCGCCAUUUGCCGCGUCCAUCCAGUUCUGGGUAAACGUUCCUUCCCCCAAAUUGAGCACGGUCCGUGAUCAUUGUGGUAUCGUCAUUAAUCACUGUCGCUCUUUGCCCAAUAUGCUCCAUUUCAGGAACAAAUCUCCUCGACCACGAAUUCAACCGUCAUGGGUAAAGGAGAAGGUGAUGUCGUCGAUGUCCGUUGAUGACGAUGACAGAAGCUCGUCUGAGGGCGAGUUUGCCCAGUCUGGCGUCGUCAGAAGAAAUCACAAAGCAUCGUUGGCCGCUCGACGUGAGGAAAACUUGGCUCGAUUCGCUUUACAUGCCACUCAUAUCAGCGAUAGCGAAGAAGAAUCAUCACCAGAUUCCCGGGCGUCGACAAGAUCUACAUCACCACGCCGAUCACUGGCUACGCCGUCCUCCUACGACUCCACCCACAACCAGACCGCUCCGCCCACUCACCAUGACGAUGCUAAAAGUAUUGACAGCGGAGUGGUGCAAUCGGACCAUUCGAAUCCACAGCAAGCGAUGACGUUGUCCGUAUCAUCAUUGGCGCCUUUCUCGUCACCAGCUGCCGACUUGCCCCCAUUGCGACGGAUCAGCCAGACUGAACUGCCUCCCGAUGUGACCAAACAUCUCCUCUUGUGCAGUAGUUCCUCACACAUACACAACGACUUGGUGGUACAUGCCCUCCAUUUCUUCUUACCCCCACGGGUUAUGGUGGAUUAA